CUAACUAUUGCUUGUCAUUGCAUUUCGGCAACUCACAAACAGCUUAAAAUUUUUCACGAGAGCCCGAAAAGUACAUAAAUAAUUUCAAGAUGGAAACACUGCUGGGUAUCAAGGGUCCCGACUUCGUAAUGCUGGCGGCGGACACCACCCACGCCCGCUCUAUAAUCGUGAUGAAGGAGGAUGAGAACAAAAUCCAUAAGGUUUCGGAUAAUCUGCUUAUAUCGACAACUGGUGAAUCAGGAGAUACGGAGCAGUUUACCGAGUUUAUCUCCAAAAACAUAGCAUUAUACAAGAUGCGCAAUGGAUACGAUUUAAGUCCGCAUGCGGCGGCGCAUUUUACGCGCAAGAACCUUGCGGAAUAUCUUCGCAGUCGCACGCCCUACCAGGUGUUCAUGUUUGUAGCGGGAUACGAUCCCACCGACGGUCCCGAGCUCACCUUUAUUGAUUACCUGGCCAAUGCCAAGUCCCUCAAUUAUGCCGGUCACGGCUAUGGUGCGGUGUUCGCAUCCAGCAUUUAUGAUCGCUACUGGCACCCCAACAUCACCCAGGAGGAAGCCUACGAUGUCUUUAAGAAGUGCAUUGUCGAGAUUCAGAAGCGACUGGUCGUCAACCUCAAGAACUUUAAUGUCGCAGUGGUGGACAAGGAUGGUGUGCGGUAUCUGGAACCUAUCAGUGCCAAGAGCCUUUCCGAAUACAACGCGUCCGCUUAGUUAGGUUUUUAUUUGAGCAUUCUAAAUGCAAAGUCUGUAAUAAAAAACGGCUGGAUUUUGGCUACUUUGGUACGAAGAGA